CGUCGAGGAAUGUAAACUUGAACAAUUCUGAUGAAAAUCAUGGGGUACUUGCCGUCGCUAUGUGGUAUAUUCUCGGGGGCUUUUGUAAUUUGGUUGCUCUUUAUAAAAAGAGCUACAAAGCCAGGAAAGCUUAUAAAAAGACGAAGAUUGACACCCGAGAGCUACGAUUACAACAUGGUUAGAGCGAUGGGUCAGCAGCCAGCCUUUUUCAUCAAGAUGCAAGACGAGAUUUCAGAAAUUUCUGAGUAGCAUAACAUCUAGAGUUCUGAUUGGCUGAAUAAUGUUUUCAAAACAACAGGCGCAGGUUAUUUGAAGAGAUUACCACAUGAAUAUCCCCCUUCGAGCUUCGGGUAACCUGUUAAGAUUUGUACUGCACCUUUCGAACACAUGGAUUGGCAGGUUAAUUCUCAACCCUAAAACGAAAAGGAAAUCCCACUUCAAUUUACUUCACAACUUUGUAAUAGAGGACCCACCCACAUAUGAACCUGUUGUACCAACCACAGAGCCAAGUGAAGCCAGUGACCCUCUCAAGAUUGAUUUAGACUAUCUUAUUCAGCCAGAGAGGAAAGAAAGCAAAGAUUUCAGGUUCAAAACGGUCUCGGAUUAUUACCAUGCCUACAGGUCAGGUAAGGUGACUCCAGAGGAUGUUGCAGAAUGUGUUAUGGAAGACUUGGAGAAGACAGAGCAGAUGAAACCUAGGAUGAGGAUGCUUGCAGAGUACGAUGUAGAAGAGGUCUAUAAGAUGGCUAAGGAAUCUACUAUUCGUAUCAACAACAAGAAACCUCUUUCAAUCUUUGAUGGGGUUCCAGUUGUCAUCAAGGAAGAACUAGCUGUGAAACCUUACCAUCUACGUAGUGGAACCACAUUCUUAGGCCGUGACCCCGUGAAGGAGGAUUCCACUAUAGCGGCUAAGCUUCGCGCCGGUGGUGCUGUAAUCAUAGGAAUAUCAAACAUGCAUGAAGUCGGACUAGGAGUUAUUGGUAUGAAUAUCAGUGCGAGCGGUACUGCACGCAAUCCUUAUAACCCUAACCAUUAUCCUGGAGGAAGUUCAUCAGGGUCAGGGGCCUGUGUAGCUUCAGGCCUUUGCCCCCUCGCCAUAGGAACUGAUGGGGGAGGUUCGGUGCGCAUUCCUUCUGCGUUAUGCGGCAUUGUUGGAUUGAAGCCAACCUAUGGGCGUUGGUCUCGUCACGGAAGUAUGCCCCUGUGUCGUACAGUAUCUGUAGCAGGACCCAUGACGACAUGUGUGCAAGAUACAGCUAUGCUUUUAGAAUAUUUAGCCGGUGAGGACCCCGAAGACUCUGCAACAUGGCAUCAACCGACCUUGAAAAUCAAUGACCUUCAAACAAAGAGCUUGAGUGGACUUAAGAUUGGCAUCGACUGGAAACACUUUCGGGAUGCUAAUGCAGAGAUCGUUGCUGAAUGUGAAAAAGCUGUUAUUUAUUUAGAGAAGCAAGGAGCAGAGUUGGUGGCUAUUAACAUCCCUGAGUGUGAGGAGAUGAGGAUGGCCCAUGCCCUCCUUAUAUCAACUGAGAUGUACUCUUUCCUUCAAGAAGCUUACAGAGAUAAUUUCCAUGACUUUGUUGGUGAUACUGCUUUAGUCCUCACUAUGGCUUCUUCUGCCAAUGCUGUGGAGUACAUCAAUGCCAACAAGCAGAGGACAAGAACCAUGCAUUACCUCAAACAGCUCUUCAAACAGGUUGAUGUCAUUGUCUGCCCAGGUUGUGGGGUUACUGCACCAAGGAUUCAACCAGGCGACCUUGAAUAUGGUGUCAAUGACACUGCUAUGACCAUCGAUGUCAUGAGGUUUUCCCCACUGGCUAACAUAUCUGGCAUCCCUGGGCUGGUCGUCCCGGUGGGCUACGACGCUAAGAACCUCCCCAUUAGUCUCCAGAUCAUGGGUCCCUGGUGGGAGGAAGGCCGCCUCCUGAGGGUAGGGGCGGUGGCAGAGAGGAUGCUCGCAAGGAAACACCAACCACAGGUCUACUUCGAUGUCCUCAAAGAAGCUAUGAGUUCACCAUGAUCCUUCAAAAGUUCAAAGUAUACAUUCUGAUGUUAUCGUGGCUCCAUGACGUUUGUUCCGGCGACAGUUGCUCCGCUCUUCAUUCCAUGCACUAAUCUAAUGACCAGCUUCAACCCUUGGUUUGAUACAAUCCCCUCCCCCAACCACAAACCUAACGUAAAACCCUAUUGCGACCCUAACCCUACAUCAUUGACGAAAUUAAGUCCGGAGCAAUUGUUGCAGGAGCAAAUGUAGUGUCACCUCGGUGAUUAACACGACCGAUUCAUAAAAGUUGUCGGCAACGGGCCCCGUUUAAUAAGGCUUGUCCUAAUUAAUUUGCAGUUACACUGUUAGAAAAUUGAUCCUCAAAAUAAAAGACGUUCCUGCAGCAGAGUCUCGAGAACACCUGUAAUCUUAC